CACUUAUUAAAAAGCUAUAAUCUAGCUUGUAUUCCCAUACCGAAAGAUGAACCCACUUCAAUUUGCACCAUGGUCGGCAAGCGCAAGUGGCAAGAGGCGGACUGGGAGGUGGCGCUGGCUGCGCAGAGCUACGUGGCCGUGUUAGCUGCCCCAGAGGAGGAGCAAGCGGCUCCGGAGAGCAAGGCGAAGGCCAAGAAAGGCCAAAAGCAACCCACGAGACGCUCGACGCGCGCCAAAAAGACACUGAAGGACGAGGAAGAGAAGAAAGAGGAAGACAAUGAUGUAAACAUGGAGUCAACGGAGGGCAAGAAACCAGUGGACGAGUUCUGGCUCGCUCAGCUGCAGGACGACGUGACGGAAGACAUGCUGUCUCAAGAGGACGUGAGUGUCCACGUCACGUGGCUCAACAAGACCGCUGAAAGACGCUACGAGAUCGCGUAUGACGAGCAGGUGGACGGUGGCAGCAUUCUGUGCCACGUCUACCUUCGUGAGCUGAGCGCAACAGCCUUGGAGCUCACGCCCAAGUCGCUGGCAAGAGUGCAGCGCUGUCUGGCGCGUACCAAGGCGAAGCUGGCGGGUGAGGAGGUACCGGACGACGACGAUGACCCAGAAGACAACGAACGUCCUCCACCUUCUCUAGUAACAACCAGAAAGCGCCGAUCUGGAGAGGAGGACACCAAGACGUCCACAGGACGAGGCAAAGGCAAGAGCCAGAAGCUCAGCAAGCGAGAGAUGGCUAUGCAUAUCGCUCCACUGCGAACAACAGUAGACGAGACCAAGUACGAAGACCGAGAGCUACUGGGCUCCCAGCCCUUCGAGUCCUUUAAUGGAGACGUAUACUCAGCCAAUCGUGAGGUCGUGCGAGCUGUGCUGACCAGGAACAUCAAGCUGCUCAAGAAACUCACGACCGACGCCGACGUGUACGCUGAGCUCAGCACGUUCGACGCUCCUCGUAGCGCUGACGUCAGUCGUACUGCUCUCCACUAUGCUAUCGACAACAACGAUCUAGCAGCUGCGGCUCUGCUGCGUCAAACGGACGAGAAGGUAGACAAGGAGAAGCUCGCUGCUGCUCCGGAGGUGGCUCUGCCUUCAGUCUUGACUGAACAGCCCGUGACUAAAUACACCAGUUAUCACCGUAUAGAGAGCAACUGGGGAAACGAUGCUCUGUUGGGGGAUAUCAGCGGUAUUGGGACUAGAAUUCUUUCACCAAUCGACUACUUUUGGGGUUGUCGCUCUGCCAGUGUGGAGAUGCUCGCGCUACUGUACCCGACGAGCGACUGGGGUGAGAACCACUCAAUUUGGACGCACGUUCGUUGUGCAGCGCGGUGUGGGAACUUCCGCUUGGUGCGUAAAGUCGUCGAGACAUUGGAAGAGAACGGUGGCUGUGGCUUUAACGAACUGCAUCACAAAGUGCUCGCUGCCGGCCCAGCUGAAGGAGAUGGACCCUUACUACCCCCGUUUGGGUCGGCAAUGGCCAUUAAGCAGGCACACCAGACUCGGUUACGUCCGCUGCACUUGGCAGCGAUCAACCCAAACGCAAGAUAUUUGAAGGUACUGUGGGCUGUGAUAGGCGACGAGUUCAGCGAAGUCAAGGACAGCCAAGGAUACGAGGCGAUUCACUAUGCAGCAGGUUGUGAAUCCCCAGCGCCAAUGCAGUUCCUCUUAGAACAACGCUGCAGUAUGUUCGGCCGUACGAAGGGGAGAUUGACUCCGCUUAUGUGUGCGUUAGAGGCUAGACGCGAAGAAAAUGCCCUCGCACUGCUUCGAUUUGCUGCUGAAAACUUCGAUCAAGACGUCGCUGACCAGCUCGUCAGUAUGAAAGGCCCUGAAGGGAAGCAAGCGGUACAUUUCGCAGCGAUGAAUGGAUGCGCAGAAGUGUUAACGUAUCUCUUGACUGAGUGUGGAGACGUAGUGAAAGUAAACGCCCGGAGUGGAGGAACAACCAAAGCUACUGCGCUGGCGCUUGCUGCUCAGAAUGGCCAUUUGGAGUGUGUACGGAUACUAUUGGCGAACGGUGCUCGUGUAGAUUUUGGGGACGACUUCCAGAAGACGCCGCUGAUCUUAGCAGUGAAGAACGGACAUACUCGAAUCGCUGCUGAGCUUAUCAAUAGUGGCGCGAACGUAAAUGCCUACGAUUCCUCGGAGAACAGCGUCGCUCACUAUGCGGCUAGUUAUGGUUGGCAUUCGUGUCUUCAGUUAUUAUUCGACGUGGGGGCUGAACUACGGGCUCAAAACUCGCAAGGCUUUACCGCUCUAACAUGCGCUCUACUGAAACAACGCCGUGUUUGUGGAGAGUUUCUUCUAAAUCAAGUCAGUGCCGAUGAGCAAGGAAAAUUGCUGGAUUUUAGAGAUCGCCACGGUCGAACGAUGUUGUUCCUGCAGUGCCAGCACGCUACCAAUCUUGAACCGAUCAGUUAUCUGCUGGAAAAGGGACUUGAUCCGAACAUCAGCAACUCAGACGGUGAGUAUCCACUGCAGCAAUUGAUCAAGCGUGCUUGUGACACCAGUGGCGGCCUGAACAACGGCUCGGGUUUUUACACCGAAGCUAUUGGCCUCUUGAUUGAGCAUGGAGCACACUUGCAGUAUGAUUUGUUUCAGCAGGGAACGGCAGCUGCAGAAAGAAUUGUGAUGCAGCCCUUACAGCAGGCAGUGGUAGGCCGUCAAGUUGAAAUCGUGGACUUGCUACUCGAUCAAGAGAGUAUCAACGUCAACGCACAAGCGUCUGAUGGCCCAGACGCAUGGAUGACCGCAGCGUCUCUAGGAGCUGGAACUGGCGACGUAUAUCUGUCCAAGCUACUUACUCACCACGUAAAGACUACACAAAAUGGCCCUUUACUUUUGGACACAAGACUGCAGUCAUCUGGUGAAAACUUUUUCCACUUCAUAGCUCAUCAUGAAGCGGCCAAACUCUCUGCAGUGCCCAAGAUUAUUCGUCAAAUCUGUGAACGCUGCCCUACGACUGAAGCCAUGAUGCGCGAACGGGACUCGUCUGGGUUUUCUCCACUGAUGCGGCUCCUUGAUCCGAAGCACGAGCGAGGGGUUCUAUCAGCCAAGCACGAAGCUGAUCCCAACAUGGUCCAGCUGAUGCGUGACAUUGAUCUGCGCGUGACGGAGUUAUUUAAGCUAUACUUGGAGUUCACGAGUUCACGGGAAUCCUACGUACGGUUUAUGAGAGCUGAUCAGGUGUGGAAAACAACAGAAAUUCUUAGCGAUAACACUACAAGUGUUUUUCUUGAUGGAAAGGGCGACCAGAGCUCCGCACCAGUUGAAAUCGAGUAUGAAACUGUGCUACAUCAGCUUACUAAGGGAAAGCUGAUGUGUGAGCCCAAGCUCUCCUGGAUGCAAUGGUAUGGGCCAAAUCUGGUGGAAAUUCUAAUCGAUAAGCGGCCAGAGCAUUUUACGAAGAAGGGUGGAACAGCUUCGUUGGUUGAUUUCGUGGACCUGCGAACCUUCAGAACCGCGUUGCAUUUUGUAGUGGAGAAGGGAGACUUACAGACGGCGAAGUUGCUACUUGCGCGGUUCGGUGCUGAUCCCAACAUCUCACCUAUUCGGUGUGCUUUUUGCAGAGCCUCUGCGAUUAACGAUGCUAUUGAGCAGGCAGGCGGGACACCUAAGGCCAGUAGCGCUGACGAAGCUUGCAAAGGCACAUGCGGCACAAAAGAACUUGUACGACCUGCGUUACUUGAAGCUGUGAAGAAAAAAAUGACGACGAUGGUGCAUUCCCUGCUUGAUCAUGGCGCUCGCACGGAUUGUGUUUCAGCAACAAAACGAGAAACACCGUUGCAUGUCGCGCUCCGACUGAACAAUUCCCGCCUCGUCUACGAUUUACUCUUGCAUGGAGCGAGUUUGUUAGCUCAAGAUACCCGUGGAUACACACCAUUGCACGCUGCUGUGAUAGCACGUCACGUUAUACCUGCUAGAGAGGUUCAUUCUGGAAAAGUAGCCUACGCAGUCGUGACUAUGAUCACUUCUUCUUCCUCGGAGAAUACAGGCUUUUCAGUCGAGCUGAAGAGAAGAAAUGAGGAGCAUCACGGCAGUGCACCAGUUGGGAAAUCUGGAGUUCUUGUCGCGCUAGAGGACCCCUAUGCAGCGAGCGCUGUCCUCCUAUGUGACCACAAGAAUCGAUCGCCAAUUCAUUUUGCAGCUCGGUAUCGGAAUUUGGAGCUUCUCCGUGCCCUACUAAAGUCUGCUGGGCCAACUGCAGCAAAACUCGCUGUGACCCAGCCUGAUUGUAUGGGCCGCACACCCUUACACUACGCUGUUAACUCAGCUGCUGUGAAUGCUGAAGCUUCGUUUAAUAUUGAGCAGCUUUUACUGGAUCAUGGUGCCAAGGCGAAUACUGCGGAUACUCUUGGUUCUAGUCCUCUUCACUUAGCGCUGCUGAAAGUCAGUCUGGAUACAUUCAAAAACACUUCGAAUCUCCUGGAUAAUGCGGAAGAUGCAGCAUCAAAUAGUGAAAACAAGAAGCGUCAGAGCUUACAACCUCGUCGUAUCCCAAGCGAGGAGUCUGAUCCUGUGGAGACUGUCUCAAAUCUUGUGGCGGAUCCUGAUGUCGACAUCUUGGCAGUAGAUUCGAUGGGACAUACUCCACUGCACUUGGCAGCAGCUACUGGGGCUUUCGUCUGUGUGUCCACAUUACUCAGCGCUUUGGGAGACUUGGACACCCAGAAGAAGGCGAUGGAUAUGCAGGACAUGAAUGGUUUUACACCUCUCGGACUGGCGGUGCGACACAAGAGACUUACCGUGAUAAUGACGUUAUUGCGAAGUGGCUCAGAAGUGAAUGGCAAGCUGCGUGUCGAGUUCGCUUCGACUGCAUCUCGCGACGCCACCUCAAAGGAAAACGGCGAAAUGGAGCAAGCCCGAACGCUAAAGUUCCGCACUUAUUUCUAUCACGCCGUGAUGCAUGGGCUUACUGGAGUUUGCCAUAUGUUGCUGAGUGCCAAGUUCCCUAGACGACAAGCGAUUGAAGAUGCGAUUCGCUGUGGUCAGUUGCAGUUGGCUAAUAACCUACUUGGAGUUCUACAUGCUGGAGGUGAUGGAGGACUGGAGACAUUGAAACAACCGAACGAGAAGGGCGAGACGCUGCUGCACUCGUUUGCAAAGUCGGCCCAAAUUGGUUUCAAUCCUCUUGCUCAGAAGUUCGCGUGGGUUCUCAUCGAUGCUGGAGUGUCUGUUGAUGCAAAAGACCGGAAGGGGAAUAUCGCGUUGCAUUACGCUGCAAAGCGAGGCAAUACUCAAUUGAUGGACUUCUUACAUCAUCAGAGCAGUGGACAAGGCACUGAGAAUUCUGUUAACGAGCGUGGUGAGACUCCGUUACUCUUUACUCUCAAACAGAUACAUCGAGCUGGUGGUUUGGCUGAAGAUGCGCUGCUGGCAAUAUUUUGUUAUUUUAUGGAUCACCCGCUAUUCUCUAUUGACGGGAAUGUGGUUGAUGCGUCGGGAAUGAACGCACUGAGUGCUUUCUUGGAUCGCUUCAUGGAAAGCCUGGCACUUUCGAAGCCGUCUGUAUUCUUCACAUGGAUUGAAAAGCUGCUCAAGCGUGGUGUGAGCCCAAAUGUAUGCUUUCAAAGCCUGCGCGGUGCUUCACUCGUAAGAAAAAUUUCAAAUGACGUCGAAUCAUGGGAGCCAAGAGUGGCCACUAUGCUGGUAAAAGGAGAUGAGGACAAAAUCCCGCUACUAGUACGCGUUGCCUUUACCCCGGAAGCUUUUAUGAGGUAUCACACGCUUGCUCUCUUGCUUCGAUAUGGUGCUGAUUUGUCCGCCGCCGACGGCAAGGGUAACACUCUCUUGAUGCACCUUGCUGCACGUAACAUGUUUACUGAGACCCGUCUCGCACUAGGACUCGUUCGAUCAGUGUCGGACCCGAAGGAUAAAACUCGUGAGUGUUCUCUUCAUGUUCCAGAGGCAAGUGUCAAGGCAGCACUUGCCAAGCGCAACACCAAGGGAUUAACGGCGUGCCACAUGGCAGUACAGCCACUCGAUUAUGGUUCCUAUGAGAACACGCGCUUGUUAGAGACGCUGGUCCGUGCCGGUGGCGACCUCUAUGUCAAGGACUCUACUGGAAAGACUGUUAUCGACUACGCACUGGCCCAGCGCUCACGCCUCGUUAUUCGAUUCCUUGAACGGACAUUCCCGGACAUCGUAUCAGUCCACGGUGAAGUCACCGAAUCUACCACGGUGUUUGCUGCUGUUCCAGCGUAUUCGGACGAUGCUAGUGCGUAUUUGGCGGAAUGCGAGACGUCAGGCCAGAUCUCGCGCUCUCUGGUUGUUACCCGAGUAGAUGAUAACUAUGACUACAGUGGAGAUAGCAGAGUACAUUGUGAAAAUGACGGAGAGGGUACGGAGCUGGACGCGUUGCUAACCAAGGUUCGUGCAAAGAGCGGGCUUAGUGUUUUCUUUCGUCUGCAGCUCAUACACGAUGAAGUAGAGGACGUCUACUUGCUGUUCACGAACUGGGGACGGAUUGGCGAGACGGGGAAGUUCCAGAACACGCCGUUCCGAGAUGAAACGGAGGCUGUGAACGAGUUCAAAAAGAUCUUCCGAAGCAAAACAGGCAACGCGUGGGAGUCACGUGCUCCAGGCGAGUUUGUGAAGAAACCCACGAAAUACAACCUCUUUCACCGCGUGAGCCACUCGACCAAGAUAGACGAUGAAGUGACGAGAUCAUUCCGAGAGGACAUGGAAAGUGGAGCUAGUAAGAGUGUGGUGUUCCCGGAGCCUCGUGAUCCAGAUUUGAUGUCCUCUCCUAGCGUCAUGGUGAUGUUAGCUGCCGUCACAGACGUGCGCAACUUGAAGCACGCGGCACACACGAGUUGUGGCUUUGCUGGUGGCAACCUGCUCCUGGCUAAACAGGAUGACAUCCGAGUUGCGUUGAGAAAUCUGGCCGAGAUCCGAGGUGUUUUGGAGGAGAAGGAGGAGCUCGUCAAGGAGAUCAAUACUGCCAAAGACGGCGUAAGCGACGAGGGAGCCACCAAGCGUGCUCUACUAUCUACUCGCCACGACGCUCUUAUAGAGAAAUUGAGCGAGCGUAGCUGUCGUUACUACGAGGCUAUGCCGUGUCAAGAGGACGCUCUCGCUACUUCGAUCAAGGCUUUCGAUCAGGUUAGCGACGUGCAUCUGGAGAUGACACGAUUGCGGAUGCUGUCUUACUCUAUGGAGAUGCACAAGAUGCUCCUCGGAGCCAAGCGACUCCAACAUAUCCAACAUCCGCUGGAGUACCAUUACCACGCGUUGCAAGUGCGUCUUGCACCGCUGCAACCUGCUGACCCAGAACGACAGCUCAUUCACCGCUACUUCUUCGGUGGUUUACGCUCUUCUGAUCGUCGACAGUAUCGCAUCAGCAACGUGUUCGAAGUGGAACGUAGUGGAGAGACUCAACGGUUCAAUGAUCUUAUGGAAAAGCGUCCAGACUUGAGAGCUACCCAGACACAUUUACUAUGGCAUGGAACGAAACGGACUAACCUGAUGGGGAUUCUGUCACGUGGACUUCGAGUAGCUCCUCCUGAGGCUUCACACAACGGCUAUGCGUUCGGCAAGGGUGUUUAUUUUGCCGACAUGGCCGAGAAGAGUCUACAUUACUGUGACGAACCGUACGCGCUGCCGACUCUAUACCAUGAGGACACAACGAGGGAAGUCCAGUACAUGGUGCUUUGUGAGGUGGCGUUGGGGAAAUCAAUGGAACUGACUACGGAUAUCUCGUUUAGACACCAGAAAAUGCCACUCGAGGCAUUGGAUAGUGUCAAAGUUCUGGCCAAGUACACCCCUGACCCUCGCGGUACAAUUGUUUCCCCAAAAUCUGGCGCUAAAGUUCAUCUCGGACGUGCGAUGGUGUUAGGAGGAAGUCUUCCGUUCGAUCGCGCAUGGGCCAAGACGAAGCCAUCCCCCACUCCAAGUCAUUGGUCUGAACGCACCCCCAGGUUUUCAGACGAUACCCAACUUUACCUCGCUACACUUCUUGAAGAUCCCAGCUUCACGGUAGGUGAUACACGUACUGUGAACGACGCGGAUCGACCGCUAUUCGUCUCGGAAAACAAACGCACUGUUGCCAUUCAACUGAUCGAUAGGGACAGCUCACACCCAGAUGAAGAUUUCGACGCCCUGCUAUGGUGUGAGGCUACAGUUAAAGUGACAAUCACACUGGAAAGUGGACCUGGCUACAGUUACAGAGCGAAACUUUACCACAAUGCACGUCGAGCGGCGCAGUUACCAGAGGACUUUGCACUUGUGCUCCCUCCUCUAUCCGAGUACGCCGAGCUUGUGGUGUAUCAAGAAACUCAGGCAAGACUGCGCUACAUCGUAGAAGUGGAAACGGUACGUGGAUAGGUAACAAGGAGAUUCAACGAGUGAAUGAAGAUUUCUGAGUUUACUACGCCUGGAGAAGAGCCUUGGUUUCCAGUCCCUUCUUGAAGGCCUUGACCACGCGGAUAUGAGCGCGGAUCAGAGCAAAACUCCUUAGCCACAGCUGCUGACCCCGUGCAGACGUCACCUGCCGGACCUGUUCGACAUCAACCUCGCGACAUAGCGCCAUCCAGCUCGGGGCGUUCUUGGUUGAAAUGGAGCGCAGUACAAGUCCAAGCGGAAGAGAGAUGAAGCCCAUUCCGAUGCAGGCGAACCACUGAUUGACUUCAAGUGGCGUGCAGUUGAACCAGUCGCCCGUGAGCUGCACCAUGACCACCUGCAUGGCGAUUUGCAGUACGCAGACGUAGAGAAACACGCGGUUCUUCGUGAUACCUUUGAAGAUAUUGAGCUCGUCGUGGAUCUUGCGGCAGUUGAGUUCAUUGAACAGCUGCAUCCACACGAAGGUGUUGAAGACGAUCGUCAUGUGCUUGGUGGAGUCGUGUUUGUGCUCUUCUCCCAAGUCAUUCACGCGACCGGAAGGAAGGUUGAACCAUUUCUCGCCACUGAAGACAAUAGCCAAGAGCAGAGCAAGCUGGAAGAUCGACUGACCGAGGAUGUGCUUAGUCAUCUUCUUGGAGAUCAAAGGCUGCGUCUUUGGGUACGGCUUGCGCUCCAGUAAGGCUGGAGUAGGUUCCUCGGUUGCCAGUGCGAGGGACGCGAACGAGUCCAUGAUCAAGUUGACCCAUAGCAUCUGGACAGCGGAGAGAGGAGACUGCUCCAAGACCACAGCGCCGAUGAACGCGAGCAUGAUGGCGACCACGUUGACUGUCAGCUGGAACUGCAGGAACUUGGAGAUCGAGUCAUAGACGUUGCGGCCCCACUUGAUGGCGUUCACGAUCGAGUUAAAGUUGUCGUCCAUGAGGAUAAUAUCCGACGCGUCCUUAGACACAGCAGUGCCGCUGAUGCCCAUGGCGAAGCCAACGUUGGCUUUCUUCAGUGCUGGAGCAUCGUUCGUGCCGUCGCCAGUCACAGCUACAACUUGAGGGCCGUGAGGCAUCAAACUGCUUUGCAUCAAGCCUGUUACGAGAGUGUACUUGUCCUUUGGAGACGAACGCGCAAGAACGCGAAGCAUGGGCCAGAUCUGGUCGAAUUCCGCCUGAAUGAUGUUACCAUUAGCGUCCAGAACUCUCGAGCGGAAUGUCUGUCCGUCCAUGACGAGAGAUCCAUCGCCUUGCGAGAUAAUGCCACACUUACCAGCGAUGGAGCGCGCAGUGGUAAUGUUGUCUCCCGUCACCAUACGAACGGUGAUUCCUGCGCGUUUGCAGUGCUGAAUCGCUCCAGGUACUUCCGGUCUUACAGGAUCUUCGAUACCAACAAUGGCAACGCAAGUCAAGUCCUUCUCCACAUCUUCAUCAACCCAGUUGUUCACCUCCUCAGCUGGAACGUCUAGGUCUCGGUACGAAAGACACAGCGUGCGGUAUCCUUGAGACGCGUAUUUCUCGAUCACAUUUGCGCCAAUCUCGCUCUUCCUAGCGCCACUCAGAGCUUCAGUCAUCCCGUUCGUGCGCUGCAUCUGCUUACACAGUCCCAGAACAACUUCAGUCGCGCCUUUGGUGUACACUCGACACUUGGAGUCUCCACGUCGAACCACGACGGACAUGCGCUUUUUGGCACUGCUAAAUGUCAGCAUGUGGACGAUCUCGUUGUUAGCUCGGAUCUCGUCGUACUCGACACCACCGUCUCGAAUGUACUGGAGUAAGGCACACUCCGUCUUGUUGCCUGUGUGUUCAGGAAGUCCAUUCUCUACUUUUGGUGGCAAGAUCUCGGCAGUCGAGUUGAUCGCGAUUCCGCGGCAAAGUGCCUCCUUCGUCUCGUCAGUAAGAGCUCCAAUACCCUCACUCGCGGACGAGAACUCUUCGUCUCCGAUCCAGAUCUUCAUGACAGUCAUGCGGUUCGUCGUCAGUGUUCCAGUCUUGUCUGAGCAGAUCGUUGUGGCGCUCCCCAUGGUCUCACAGGCGUCGAGAUGUCGGACGAGAUUAUUGUCAACCAGCAUCUUCUUCACAGAGUACGCUAGAGCGAUCGUCACGGCAAGAGGAAGACCUUCUGGGAUGGCGACAACCAGUACCGUGAUGGAGAUGAUGAAGAAGUUGAGAUAGUCGCUGAUGUAACUAUUCUUCCAGGGCACGUCGUCGACUGCGAACUUGUCGAUCGAGAAGCGGAUCGACAUGAUAACAAACACCAGCAGUGCAACAACCGUGCCGAGUUUACCGAUCAAAAUGGUGAGGUUAUACAGCUUGCCCUCCAGUGGAGACUGCGAGUCCUCGGCACCAUCAAAUUCGUCUCGGUCUUCCUUAGCUGGCACCUUUGGCGUGUCGAUUUCCACGUAGAUCUCGUCGGUGUCCUGGCUCCCAUCCGCACUGUUCUUAUCGUCAUCUUUCGGCUUCUUCUUCCCUCGUGCUCCGUUGAUCAAGCUCCUAAUGACACCGGCUUGUGAGUUCUCACCAACACACACUACUAGCAUUUUACCCAGCCCCUCCAUGACCUUGGUACCCGACAAUAAGAAUGGGUUCUCGUGGUUCUUGGUUAGUAAAUCGGACUCUCCAGUCAUGGCACUUUCGUCCAUUUUGAGCUCCUUCUCGUCGAACACCAUGCCAUCCGCUGGAAUUAUAUCACCAAGAUCCACACGCACGAUGUCACCUACCAGCAGGUUCCACUUGCUCACCUCUGCGGGUGCUCCAUUGCGAAUGACUUUAAUCUUUUCAUCCUCUUUUACAGCGUUGAGAGAACGGAACUGCUGUUCUUUUUGGUAGUCGUUUACCGCCGUCACCAGAGUGACCACUACGACAGCCAAGAUAAUACAAGCGCCUUCAACCCACCCGGUUUCUUUGUGGUCACCUACGGUGGAGGACAGGACGAUCGAGAAGAUGCCCGAGAUUGUCAAAAUGAUGAUAGUGACGUCCUGGAAUGCAUCCCACAUGAGCUCCAAAAAACUCUUAGCUUUGGGCGGAGGAAUGUAAUUCUUGCCGAAGGAUUCCUCGCGUCUGCGUAGAUCAUCAGCAUUGUUGGCGUCCAGUCCUUGACGAAGAUCUACUUGUAGAGCAGCAGCAACGCCUUCAAGCCAACCCACACUUUCGAGUUGUUCGCCUAUUUUCUCGUGCGGAGUCUCCACAAGACGGAUGAGAUCACCCGUCACAAGCUUAAACGCCAUUGCGAUUCCGCCAGUCGAUGUUAGUGAUGUAGAAUGGUCGUGAACUUGCUAGCCAACCGCAAGUUCCAAAAUGAGCUCACUGGUAUGAAGAGAAAAAUCUCAACGUCUCACUACUAUACUAUUCCGAGAGACGUUGAGGUUGUUUUGAGCAGACAUAAGUCGAUACCACCGAUCGAAUGUGACCUGCGGUGUGAUGGAAACAUAAUGAUUCGACUAAGCGUAUUAACCCAGCACAAAAACCCACGCGUUCAUUAAACGUGACGGUUAGCUCUCUGAUCGAUGCGACAAAAGAUUCACACAGUAUACAUGUUGAAGCACUGCGAGUUUUAUGGGCCAGAGACUGCAGCGAGACGCAACGGAAAGGGCCCUUUUCGUUGACAACAGCACCGUUCAGCCAAGCAUCCUUGGUCUUUGUGUUACUUGAGAUCAAGUGGCUUUCGACUAAGCGAUGGUGGUUCACGUUUGCGCUGACACGAAGCUCAUCGGUUCUUUUCUGUAGGCACAACGUCUUCAUAAUACGGCAAACAAAACAAAACUCGCUGUCGUCUCAUUCACAAACAUCUCGAACAGUGCACGGCGAUUGAAUUUCGAGCUUUGAUGGUCAGUUAUAGAUCGAAACAGAAUGAAGACUCAUUCAAUAAUCACCCGCAUGACUGCCAACAACAAGGAAUCUUACUAUUUUGGAUUCCGAAACUUGACUGCGAUGGUGUGAGCAGACACUUUUGUGUGCAACAUACAACUUGAUUCUCCGCGACAUAACGG